AUGACAGCGGCAGACAUCAGAAACAUUCUGCCGAACGCGUCGAACAAGAACUCGAGCCCACACGAGAUGGUGUUCAAGAAGGUUCCGCGCGUCGAUCACAUGCGCGUGUUUGGUGCGCAAUGCUAUGCGCAUGUGGCAAAGGAGAAGAGGAAGAAGCUGAACGACUCAGGCGUGCGAUGUUUCUUUCUCGGCUGUGCGAAGGAUCAAAAGGCGUAUCGGCUUCUUAGUGCGGACGAUGGCUCGAUCGUGAUUUCAAGAAGCGUCACGUUCUCUGAGCAUUCUGUCUCGAAAACAUCGAAAAGCAGAGACACGCGGGUCUUCGAUGUCAUUGAAGAAGAGGAAAGUGUGGAGGCGUCGCUACCCGAUGAUGAAGACAUACCAGCGCCGGUGACCGAAGAAGAGCUACGCACCCCACCACUUCGAGCGCAGAACAGCUCUCAUGACGGACCAAGUGAUCGACCAAGCGACACCAUUCCUACGCGCGCAUCCAGCACACCCGGAAGAAACGGAGAAGAAGAGUGGAUGGUGUGA